AUGAACCCCAUUCGCCGAAUCAAAAUGAGGGUCAAGGAGUAUUUGGAUGAUCGGGAACGAUUCUAUGACGAAGAUCCACUCGGUAAAAAGAUUGCAGCCUAUUAUGCAAAGUGGAGAGAAAUUUUCUCUGAAGUACGUGGACGCUUGAGAAGCCGUUUACGCCAAUAUUUGGAUAAUUUGGAGAAGGAAUUUCCAAACGCUUAA